GCUCCAAACCUUGGAAGAGCAGCCUCAGUGGAACUUGCGAGGCAUGUGCCCGGUUCAGGAGAUUGAUGAUGAGGCUGGGACUUGGAAUGUGGAGUUAGCCCCAAAGAGGGAUCUGUCUAAAGAAACGAAAUCUCGUGUGGAAGUACCUGAAAAAUUGAAUGGUGAUAUUAUUCCAGUGCCUGAGAGUGGAGAGACCUGUGACCAUGAAGGCAGAUGGGAAAGGCAACGGGUAAGCUCUUCGGUGGAGAGACCCUAUAUCUGUGGUGAAUGUGGGAAAAGCUUCACCCAGAAUUCCAUCCUCAUUGAGCACCAGAGAACGCACACGGGUGAGAAGCCCUAUGAGUGUGAUGAAUGUGGGCGGGCCUUCAGCCAGCGGUCAGGCCUCUUCCAGCACCAGAGACUCCACACUGGGGAGAAGCGCUACCAGUGCAGCGUUUGUGGUAAAGCCUUCAGCCAGAACGCUGGGCUUUUCCAUCACCUCAGGAUCCACACGGGGGAGAAACCUUACCAGUGCAGUCAGUGCAGUAAGAGCUUUAGUCGACGUUCUGUCCUUAUUAAGCAUCAGAGAAUUCACACGGGAGAAAGACCUUAUGAAUGUGAGGAAUGUGGCAAGAACUUCAGUUACCACUGCAACCUUGUCCAGCAUCGGAAAGUCCACCCUAGAGUCUGUCCUGGAGAAAAGCCUUAUGAAUGUGAUGACUGUGGAAGAACUUUUAGUCAACACUCAUGCUUUGUAGAACAUCAGAGGAUCCAUAAUGGAGACAGGCCCUACAAAUGCGAAGAAUGUGGAAAAACUUUCCGUGGGAGAACUGUGCUUAUUCGACACAAAAUAAUACACACGGGAGAGAAACCAUAUAAAUGUAAUGAGUGCGGCAAAGCCUUUGGCCGGUGGUCAGCUCUUAAUCAACAUCAGAGACUUCACACAGGAGAGAAACACUACCACUGUAAUGAAUGUGGCAAAGCCUUUAGCCAGAAAGCAGGUCUCUUUCACCAUCUCAAAAUCCACACAAGAGACAAACCUUAUCAUUGUACUCAGUGUAAUAAAAGUUUUAGUCGGCGUUCAAUUCUUACCCAGCAUCAAGGAGUCCAUACUGGGGCAAAGCCCUAUGAGUGCAGCGAGUGUGGAAAGGCCUUUGUUUAUAACUCCUCCCUUGUUUCCCAUCAGGAGAUCCACCACAAAGAAAAAUGCUGUCAGUGUAAGGAAUGUGGGAAGUCCUUCAGUCAGAGUGGCCUUAUUCAGCAUCAGAGAAUCCACACUGGGGAGAAACCCUACAAAUGUGAUGUAUGUGGAAAAGCCUUUAUUCAGAGGACAAGUCUUAUAGAACAUCAACGAAUUCACACUGGAGAGAGACCCUAUAAAUGUGAUAAGUGUGGAAAGGCUUUCACUCAAAGAUCAGUCCUCACAGAACAUCAGAGAAUCCACACCGGAGAGAGGCCCUACAAAUGCGAUGAGUGUGGGAAUACCUUCCGAGGAAUCACCAGUCUCAUUCAGCAUCAGAGAAUCCACACUGGGGAGAAACCCUACCAAUGUGACGAAUGUGGCAAGGCCUUCAGACAGAGGUCAGAUCUUAGUAAACACCAGAGAAUCCAUAAUAGAGGUGGUCCCUUUAAAUGUAAAGAGUGUGGGGAGACGUUUAGGCAGAACUCAGCUCUUACUCAACAUCAGACCACCCACAGAGGAGAAAAAUCUGGUUCUGUGGUGGUGAUAGCGGUUUCGUGGACUCCGGCUUCGACUCAGUGUGUGAUUCAGCCCUUUAGGGACUCCGCUCUGCAGGUCCCCCGGCAGGAUGGUCAGGAGCUGCUCCAACACCAGCAGCUCCAGGAUCUGCUCCUUUGUGUGCACCUCUGGCCACAGCCACAGUCGGCAGAGCUCCCGGAGCCGGCUCAGAGCCUAGCGGGGCCCUACAGCCUCCGGGUAGCGGAAGCCUCGGAAACGCUGGCGGGAGUGCUCGGAGUCCGGAGCUGGGCUGCCUGGGGCGCCCGCCUCAGCAGCCAAGGCGGAGGCUUCCUCCUUUUCCACCUUCACGGCAGUCAUAAAGUGCAUCAACCUCCGGAGCUCCUAGAGAGAGCAAGAUCGCGGAAAGGGAUGCUUGGCUUCAGCGACGGGGCUCGGAACGAUGACGCACUUCCGGCCUUUGUGGUGUGUGGGUUGUACGGGGGCUGCUGCCCUCGCCACGGAUCCGAAGGUCCCGGGACCCCGAAGGUAAUCUGUCUCUUUUCCUCUGUUAAUCCCAGAAUGGCUUCAACAGGGGAACAGGAUGGACUUAAGAUUGUGAAGGUGGAGGAAGACCCUAUCUGGGACCAAGGAACAUACCUUCAGGAGAACAGCUUUUCUGGCCAGGAGGCCUCCCGCCAACUUUUUAGGCACUUUUGUUACCAAGAGACUCCUGGUCCCCGAGAAGCACUGAACCGGCUCCGGGAACUCUGUCAUCAGUGGCUGAGGCCAGACACACAUACCAAGGAGCAAAUCCUGGAGCUCCUGGUGCUGGAGCAGUUCCUGACCAUCCUGCCCGAGGAGCUCCAGGCCUGGGUGCAGAAGCACCAUCCCGAGAAUGGGGAGGAGGCAGUGGCUGCAGUUGAAGAUCUGGAACGAGAGCUAAGUGAGCCAGAGAACCAGGCCCCAGACUGUGAACAUGGACAUUCUGAAGUGCUCUCAGGGGAUGCAGUGCAUUUGAAGGCCAAGCAGGAAUCCACAGCUCUCCAGGUUCAGUCCAUGGUGACACAGUUCAAAUGUGAAUCUUUUGGGCCCCACAAAUUUGGAGAACAAGAUGGUGAAACUGUACUUGAAAACCAGGACUUGGCAUCGAAACAAGAAGUCUUAAAAGAAAUGGGACAUUUUGAGAAUAGCAGACUCCAAAGAGAUGUUCCUUUAGAUUCUAAGUACAGAGAAACUUGUAAACGUGAGAGCAGGGUAGAAAAGCAGAGGGAACACCCCACUGGAGAGAGACGUCACAGGUGCAAUGAAUGUGGGAAAAGCUUUACUCAGAGUUCAGUUCUCAUUCAGCACCAGAGAAUCCACACUGGGGAGAAGCCAUAUGAAUGUGAAGAAUGUGGAAAGACCUUCAGCCAGAGGUCAGGCCUGGUUGAACAUCAGCGGAGCCACUCUGGAGAGAAACCCUAUCAAUGUAAGGAUUGUGGGAAAGCCUUUAGUGCCAGCAAUGGCCUCAUUAGACACAGAAGGAUCCACACAGGGGAAAAACCAUAUGAAUGUGAAGAGUGUGGGAGAGCCUUCCGCCUGAGCUCAUACCUUGUUCAGCAUCAGAGGAUACACACUGGAGAGAAGCGCUAUCGCUGUAACGAGUGUGGUAAAGCCUUCAGUCAGAAUGCGGGGCUUUUCCAGCAUCUCCGAAUCCACACUGGUGAGAAACCCUAUCAAUGCAGUCAGUGCAGUAAAAGCUUUAGUAGGCGAACACUCCUUAUAAAGCAUCAGAGAAGCCACACUGGAGAGAGACCGUAUGAGUGUGAUGAGUGUGGGAAAGCCUUCAGUCAUCAUUGCAACCUCAUUAGGCAUUUUAGAAUCCAUACUGUUGCCAAACUGGACUAAUCCCAUGGACCACCAGGGCCCCUAAAUGAGGUGAUCUUGGAAAGUAAGAUUUUCAAGUGGCUUAUUUUGCUCUUAUGAAAUUUAUUUUGCUUUGGAGUGUGUGGCUUUUCUGCAGACCAGGUGCUGCUGUCUCCUGGGUGGAUGACUGUUGGCAGUUGCUUGGCAACCUCCUUCUUCCCUAUCCCUUGGUUCAUUUCUAACGAUUUCUCUUAAAGGGACCAAAUCUUACCUGGAGAUAAAUUGGUAUGGAGGGGCCGUUAUUGAGUAAUAUUUAAUAUUGAAUAACUCUAAAUGACUAGCAAUUGUGUAUACUUUUUUUAAGAUUGGGUACAUUCAAAAGAUAUUCAGGGAUGAGCCUUUUUUUUGUAAAAGUGACAUUUUAAACACAAUUAAGAUUUGGGGGAAUAAGAAUCAUUCCCAUUCCCAUAGGAAAUCAUUGCCACAGUCUCCCCAGGAAUUUAAUGGAUGAUUUCUUUGUUGCUUUCAUCAGAAUGGGUGGCAAACUCAUUUAUUAAGCAGCAUUACCCAUGGUGUGAAACCUAUAGAUCUGAUGGUUUAGAAAUCCAUGUCCCAUUUUGAUAUCUAACUCCAAAUUCCCAGUGCAGGUCAUUACCAUAUUAAAGUUUCCAUUUUUGUUAUAAAUAACGAAUAAGAUGAUACUUUAAAACCUUUGCAGUGUGCCUGUUUUAUUCAUAGCCUUUUCUGCCACUGCCUUUUGAAGGCUGGUCAGCAACUUGGAGGGCCAUUGCGAGCAGCAUCGAGACUCUCAAGAAAAGGAGCCUCUGACCUCGGGCAGCUUGCUGCUUAACUGGGGAGUCCAGCGUCCUCAGGCCAUUUACUGUCAGGGUUAAACACACAAAUCUGGCACCACACUGUGUAGGCUCAUUACCUGCCUCUUCGUCUGUGAGCUGUGUGACUUCGAGCAGUUUAAUUAAAUGCCCCUAUGCUACAGUCUCCCUGUCUAUAAAAUAGGGGAUAAGAGUACCUUUCUCAUAGGGAACAUAAGAAUAAAUUAAUACAAACUUGUAAAGCACUGAAAACAUAACUCUCAAUAAACGUGCACUAUGAUUUAC